UGUGGCACUUAAAUGUAUGUUAUAUAUUCCCAUUGCAGCAAGGGUUAAGCUAGUGCUUCAGAAGUGCAAACUGAUGUGGCCAGAGGACACCUUCUCCUCCUUCCUCUGCAAAAAAUCCUUUCUCUGAAAUGGUUUGCUCUAGCAUUAGGUUUGCAGUAGUGCUAACCAGAUUUGCCCUUGCAAACUUUGGUUAACACAGAUGCGUGUGUACUGCUAGGCCGUGCUUAAAGUUAGGCAUAGAAGGAAAGCUGGGAUUGGGCUGGGUGGGGGCUGAAGGGCUGGACUCUUUUGCGUCUCCUCAGCAAAUUCUGAUGAUUUUACUUUUCCUUCUAUCAACCAUGUGCACCAGAGCAAAGAAGUUGUCUUUUAAGAAGUUAAAAUAUUUCACAAGUUUUAGGUUCUAUUAAUUGUACGCAAUGGUUCAGAAUAAGAAUUUUAAAGUUGAGAGGACACUACUUUCCAUUUUUCAGAAAGUGUCUUGAAUGCCUUUUAUUCUGUUUAAAGCCAAUUAAAUGAUCCAUAGUUUAUCAAAGUACUGCAUGCACUUUGUUCUCCCAUGAAGCUUGUGAUCUUGCUUCCUGUCCCUUUAAUAGGAUAAUUGAGAGUAAACCUUUGUUCAUUGGUUUGGAUCUUAAGAUAAAUUUUUAACCUAAGGAAGUUCAGAGAAGGAAAGUUUCCUUUCUCUUCUGCACCAUCCAGAAAGUUUUCUCAUGGGGGAGGGACAGAGAACCAAUGGCUACUAAGGUAGGAUAAUUUCCUAAAAUUGCGUUGAACAAAUUUUAGGAGAUUCUCACUUCCCUACUGCCCCGUCUCACAUUGUUCAGGAACACCUUCAACUCUCUAGACAGUCUUUUGGAAGGGGACAAGAGAGGAAACAGAGAUGAAAGAAAUUUCCUUUGGAUAAGUACACCUUAGGAUCCAAAGUAGAUCCUGACCUGACACCAGUGGUAUGAAAGGAAAUGGGCUCUAUCUAUGUACAACACAUGCUGUUUUGAAAUGAGUAUAAAUCACUUAGCACUUACUUUGUGUUUUUUAAAAAUAUUGCCCAAGACGAACAAGCUACCUCACUGUAAUACCAAGAGCCGGUGCACAAAAGCACGCUUUCUGUCCUGGAUUCCAGCUUAAGAAGAUGUACCUUGUGUUGUUGUCAUCACAGCACUGGUCAAAUGUUGAAUUGAUUCCAUUCUGCCUCUUUAUCUCAAUUUUGGCUGAUCUCAACAAGCCAAUGAAGAACUCAUUCUAGUUUCUAGUAGAAUAGCAGAGCAGAAUGUAGACUUGUACAUCUGUCUAGUUUCCCCACAGAUGAACUAUCAGAAUGAUGAGUUAUGCUCCAGUUGUGUUGAUGGAAGGAAAACUGCCUGAUAAGGUUAUGGAUGACCUGGCAAAGUAGAGGUUCUUGAUGCACCUGGAUUUCUUCAUGUCCCAAAGCAGCAUUUCUCUGUGUGAUGCUCAAAAUGCCUUCCUCCUUGCCCAUUAACCUCCUGUGCUCAAAGAAACGAUCAGAGGUCCAAUAGAGGAAAUGCAGAUACUUCAUUCCUUAAGCUACUAAAAUCUUUAUGUAAAUAUUGCACACUAAUGCCAGAACCUUUUAAAAACAGUGCACACAAAAUUGUUCUCUGCAUACGUUCUUGUUAGCAUUUACUUCGUAACAUUUCAUUUUGGUCAAAUGUUCAGUAAUAACUGUGUACUUACUUUGUUAUGAUGUUUUCUGCUUAGGAAAUAAAUUUUGCUUCAUGAAGUUUGCUUCAUUUUAGAUAAAAGUAAUGGUGUGUAGUUGACAACAGGUUUUUUCUAAAAGUAUAAUGUGACUGGAUGUUUUGUGCAGUAACCAAAGAAGGACUACGAAGCAAAUGAUGGAACGCCAGUCAGCAACUAACAUUCUUUCAGACUUCUCCAGCUAUUUUGAGGAGGAGGAGGAGGAGGAAAUGAGCACUCCAGACAUUGAAAUAGAUGACCUUUAUGUUCGCAAAAUAAAAGCUGCGACCUCAAACAUAAAAGAUUCCUCCCAUAAGUUUCUUCCUAAGUCUUGGGCUCCUGGGGAAGCGUUGCACUGGAAGAAAGCAGAGAGGAUAUCUUUUUCCAAACAAUGGUAUAAGGAGAUUCAAGGAUUCAGGUUUGUCACUGUGCAUGAUCUUUCCCAACCCAACCGGUACUUUUUAACAUAGAUUUUUAACUGGCUCAAAUCAGUGCACUAUUUUGAUGGCAGCAUGGUGGGAGAUAGGGAGUAAAAACCUUCAUUGACUCUUCCCUUGGAACUGGAAUAAUUUUUCUAUGCUGUGUUGAUCUCUUCGUACGACAGUUAUUUUAAGCUAUUUAUUGGACUAGAUUACUGCACGCUAUUAGGUGCCAGAACUUACAUAUUCCUUGUUUUUUUCCCUUCUCCACUUACGUGCUACUGUGCAGUAAAAGCACAGAUUCUGAAGAUGAUGUUGCAAGAAUCCAGCCAAUCAAUAUCUUCACGGGUAGCUUGGAUAACAGUGGCUGCGAAGGCCCACACUACCUUAAACAAGCAGCCGAAUCUACCGCAAAACCAUUAUCACAAGCUGCAGAAGAUAAAAGUAGUUGUUCGUCCGAUUUGCCAAGGUUGCUACAACUGCAUGAAUCGUACUAUCCUGUGUGUCGAGGAAAAUGCUGCUUGCUAAAAUUAAAAUGCAAAGUUAAUCUGGGAAAGUGCCUUUAACUUUUUAUGUCAUACGUCUCUGUUAUUCCACUGAAUUCAUAUUACUAAAGUCAAAUGGAUUUUUUUGUGUGCUAGUCCAUGCUCUCCUGUCUUUUGCAGCGACUGGCAUGCUUUCCCGCUAUUCUGGAGUACAGAUGUUGUCCCCACCUGCUGCAGUUCAGUGUUGCAGUGUGUGUGCUUUUCUGUGGCAGAAUUUAUGCAUCCUUUGGGUCCAUGGUUCAGGUCAAGUUCUCACUGAGAUGGCAGGCAUCUCUCGGGUCAUACCACUUCAGAGCGCAACUGGGGGUGGACCUGCGUGAAUGCUCCUUAAAGUACUUUUAAAAGACUCGUUUAUCUGCACACAAAUACCCUUGUACGUCAGGGAAAAGGGGGUUUGCCUUUGCCUUUCACCUCACGUACUAUCUCCUAAUGUGAACAUAGGUAGGAAGAAAUUUUGCUCCCACCGAAUGACUGCAGUAGCAGAGCCCAGAAACAAAUGUAUUAUCUCAAUGAGAACUAGGUCUUCAUAUCUUCUGGUUAACACAACUCUUAUUUUUGUGUGUGUAUGUUUUUUUUUUUUUAUCUCAGUCAGUUUUUGUUUCUCCGGGCACUGCAAAAAUAUUCAGAUGGUUUCCUGUCCUCUGAAACUAGAACCAAGACUGAUCCGGCCUCUGGGCCCAGGCUUGUAACAUGCAGAACAAAGAAUUAUUUUAGGCUUGGAAGUGACCAAACAAACAAUGAAAAUGGAGACUUUUAUCCAGACUUGGAAAACGAUGAUUUAUUUGUCCGUAAGACGGGUGCUUUCCACACGAAUCCAGUGAUGCUUCAAGAUUUUGAGUAUCUCAGAAAGAGCUGCAAAGAAGGCCCUCGCUUAGAGGGGGAGAUAGUUCUCCAGCCCAGAAAUGGUGACUCUGCAAUUCCAGAUUUAGAAAAAGAUGAUUUGACUGUUCGUAAAGCUCAGCUAUGGAAAAAAGAAGUGCCAUUAUCAGGAGCCCCAGAUAGAUAUCAGCCUGCUCUCUUUCCGGAUCCUUGGAGUCUCCCACCAGAAAUCCAAGCCAAAUUUCUUUGCUUGCUUGAGAAAACCACCAAGGCAGAGAAAGAAAGUGGUGGGAAGAUUUUAUCUCCAUCUUCACGAGAAAAGAAAGAUGACAUGCUGACUCGCAAGAUUGAGCUGCUUAACGUAGGAGUCCAUGUGCAGCCAGUUAGCUUCUCUCCUGGACCGUGCAGCAAAGACGAUAUGGAAAAAUGGGAGGCAAUCAGGGAAGCCAGCAAAAUCCGACACAAGAAACGCCAAAUGGUUGAAAGGUCAGCUUGAAGCUAUGCAUGGAUUGUGCUUGCAUCAGAAUAUUCCUAAGUAAGGCUUGUAAUGAAGAGAAGUGGCAUCUUGCUUUCACCCAUGCAUGCAUCUUGACGUGAAGCUUCAACUUGUUUGUGUCUUGUGUAUAGUCUCAUAAGUUCUUGUGUUGAUUAUCAAACCCAUCAACACUACGAAUUUCAUACUACAUUCCCUGGACUAUUUUGACCACUGGACUAAUACAACUUCCAAGAUUAUACAAUUUCCUUCUUAUAAAGGACUAGUAAUGGAAAUUCCUUCAGGUGACAGAUACCAGAUGGCUGGAACUUGUUGGUAUCUGUGUGUGGACAUUCUUGGAAACAGACAUAUUUUGAUGAGCAUGGUUAAAUGGAAAUAAAACAUUGGUUUUCAUUAAUCAACUUUAAGUCCUUUUCUAAAAUAUUCUUGUGGACGUAUAAAGCUUCUUAAAUGCGCUGUUGGAAACUACACGAAUGGAUGAGGUGGGGGAACAGGGGUGUGUGAUUGGCUUCCCUGGUUGUCUGCUUUCUCUGCAGUCAAUGACUGUGUCAUCAGAAGAGAUUGCCUGUGUACACACUAGUUUCAUGCCCGUUUUGGAGCACAUCCCUCUUUUUUCUAGCCACAAUUGCACAUCAGCAGAGCAAAGGCAGCUUAACUGGCAUGGAGAGAGUUGGAAUUGAACUGUGCAGCCCUUUGGACUGGAUCUUUCCAGUAAAAUCUGUCCCCAGUUAGUGCUCCUCUUACCUCUUCAAUCCCACGAUCAUAUCAUUGACCUAUUAAGACUUUCUGGAAGUUGCGUUCUUGCUGCUAGUUAAUAGGGCACAAUUUCCCUCUUGUUUUUGAAACCCAAACAUUUUCUGGAAGUUUACAGCCUUGUUUCUAAAUUCCUUCCUCAAAAUAUUUGGGGGACUCAUGUGCUUGAGAGUAAAGAGGCAAUGACAUUUCCAUUAACUGCUUUUUUUGGCCUCAUCUAUCCCAGAGGCUGUGAGCACUGUGAUAUAUAUUCAUAUAUCUGUUUCCAACUAAAAUAUUAAUGGUAACUCUGUCCCAAUCCAGCCACUGAAAUCUAGCCUUUAUGUGGGAGGAUUUUACAACCUUUUCAGAAGAAGUUUGGACUCUAGUGAGCAUAGAGCUGUCUUCAGGGAGAGACAAACCUUGGUCAAUCUUAAUGAGGUUUCUUAUGUUCAUCUGGUAAAGUGUUUCUCAUUUUGAACUAUCCUCAUCCAUUUCAUUCUAGUUGGAUCAUUCAUUAAGUCUUUCAACAAACAUCAUAUGCUUUUCACUUGUUCCGAAGCACCAAUUUUGCAUGUAUCAUUGAAAAAUAAGUAGAUGCAAGUUGAUCAUGUGCUUAAGCUUAACACAAUUAAAGAAAUAAUUGGAAUUAAACAUUUCAGUCACCCAAAUCCUUGAUUCCUCCCUUCUUGCAUGUGGAAUUCUGCUACUUGUAGUUUAUCACUCAGUGACUUCUCUCCUGUAUGCAGAAAGCACUAUCCAUUGUAAGUAACGCAAAGGACUGGAUGGUUACCCUAAAAUUUUAUCCUGUGCCUAUUCCUGAGAGUUCUGUAAGAUCAUUAUAGAAACCAGUACUAAAUACAAGUUAUACUUAAAGCUGCAAUUAAUGUGUUAAGCUUCUGAUACCUGCUUUGUAUUCACCAAUAUAUUAAAUGCAUAAAACCUAUACUUAAGUGUGUGUGAAACCCUUCAUAUUAGUAUUUGCAAUGUUAAUUUAAGGGCGAGUAUGCGUAUUCUGCUCCAUACCAAACUACAAAGAAGCAUAUUGGCGUAAGUUACCACAUGUGUGGAGGUUUACAUUUCAGAAUUCAAAUUGUUCUCAUAAAGUUCAGUCGAAUAUUUCAGUUCUCAGAUGGUCAUAGGAUUUCAUGCUCAUGUUCCUUUUGAAGUUUAUUCAUUGUUUUCAUUGGUGUAUUGAACAUAAUGUUGUCAUAUCUACAUAUGGGGAAAAUACUAUGGGUAAUAUGGGUCUGUUUUGGUUUUCUGAUUU